AUGCAACAAGAGCAACCUGCACAAGCUGUGGAGGACGAUAGCUCCUCGGAGCUUGGAAGUCUCUAUGAGGAUUCUUCCGUUGCCUCUUUGAGAUCGAGCAUCUUAGAGCACCAAGUCGAGAAUGGGCGCACAUACCAUUCCAUGAGUGCUGGAAAGUAUAAUUAUCCGAAUGAUGAGCGAGAGAAUGACAGAUUGGAUUUCCAACACCGCAUCUGGCAAAUUUCUCUAGAUGAAGAGUUAGCGCUUGCCCCUGGCCACAAAACAGCUAAGCGUGUCCUUGAUAUUGGAACAGGAACUGGUAUUUGGGCAAUUGAUUAUGCCGACGCUUUCCCAUCUGCCGAGGUAAUUGGCGUUGAUCUGAGCCCUAUUCAGCCUGAGUGGGCACCUCCCAACUGCCGCUUCGAAAUCGACGAUGUCGAGAAAGACUGGACUUGGACCGAACCUUUUGAUUUCAUCUUCUGCCGCGGCAUGACAAGCUGUUUCGCUGAUCCAGCAAAAAUUGCAGAAAGCUGCUACAAAGCCCUCACACCGGGUGGAUGGCUGGAAUUUGGAGAACUCAUAAUGCCACUGGGCUGCGAUGAUGAUACCGUCCCGGCUGAUUCCCACCUUCGACGCUGGCACGAGCUAGCUACAGAGGCAGCUGAGAAGCUAGGCCGUCCGAUGAAGGGCCUGGCUCACCACACCAAGGAAAUGGAGGAGAUGGGGUUUGUCAACAUAACGGCCAAAGACCUCAUAUGGCCGCUUAACUCAUGGCCUAAAGACGAAAAGCUGAGUGAGAUUGGAAAAUGGCAGUAUGUUAACCUCGACAGCGGCCUUGAGGCAAUGAGUAUGGCUCUGCUCACCCGUGCCUUUGACUGGAGCAAGGAGGAGGUUCUUGCUUUGUGUGCCCAUGUGCGAAAGGACCUAAAGAACAAGGGUAUGCACGCCUAUUGGAACAUGCGUGUUGUCUACGCCCAAAAGCCUCUGAAGGCGGACGAUGAAGAUGCCGACGCAUAG